AUGUCGAAAGUCGUGCGCAGUGUGAAAAAUGUCACCAAGGGCUACUCGUCGGUCCAGGUUAAGGUCCGGAAUGCAACGAGUAAUGACCCCUGGGGCCCGACCGGUACAGAGAUGGCAGAGAUUGCCGCCCUUACAUUUAGCAGUCCCACCGAUUUCUACGAGAUCAUGGACAUGUUGGACAAGCGACUAAAUGACAAGGGAAAGAAUUGGCGUCAUGUGUUGAAGUCCCUGAAGGUAUUAGAUUACUGUCUCCACGAGGGCUCGGAACUAGUCGUGACGUGGGCCCGGAAGAACGUCUACAUCAUCAAGACCCUGCGCGAGUUCCAAUACGUGGAUGAGGAUGGCAGAGAUGUUGGUCAAAAUGUACGUGUGGCUGCUAAAGAACUUACUACCCUGGUGAUGGAUGAAGACCGAUUGCGAAGUGAGCGCUCCGACCGAAAGCUGUGGAAAUCGCGCGUGAGCGGACUGGACGACUACCCGGGUCAUGGAAGUGAACCACAACCGCGUCGAAACGAGCGCCGUCGACGUCCCGCGGACGAUGACGAUGUCGAGUACCGCUUGGCGAUCGAGGCGAGUAAGCAUGAGGCCGAAGAAGAACGUAAGCGACGGGCGAAGGGCUCUAUGCAAUCCGGGGAGGAGGACGAAGAUCUGGCCAAGGCGAUCAAGCUGAGCAAGGAAGAGGAAGAACUUCGCAAGCGCGAACUUGAAGAGAGUAACGCGCAAUCCCUCUUCGAUGAUGCGCCCGUCCAGGCCGCCCCGGCGCAGCCCACCGGUUACAACCAGGGAUACCAGCAGCAAAGUGCGGUGGACUGGUUUGGCAACCCGAUCAACCCCCAGCAACCUCUAUCGACUGGAUAUUUGAACAACCAAUACGCACAGCCGACGGGAUUCCAGGGACAGAUGACUGGAAUGCCCAAUGGAUACACCAACGGAUUCCAAACGCAGCCCUCAGCCUUUGACCAGAACCCGUACGGUCAGCCUCAGAAUAACUUCCUACAGCCACAGGCCACGCUACAGCCCCAAGCAACUCUACAGCCGCAGCAUACGGCCUUUAACACCAAUAAUCCCUAUGGUCCCACAGACAUGUUCGCACAGCAACAGCAACAACAACCCCAGCAGCAGCAACCCCAGCCGCAAGAUAACUUCCUUUCGUCGGGUACCAAUAACCCAUGGGUCUCGAGCAGCCCGCAGCCGGGAGAUAUGAUGAAACCAAUGCAGACCGGAUCAAACAAUCCAUUCGCUCAGCGCACGCAGCCACAGCCGUUCCAGUCCAGACCCGCAACAUCCGGACAUCCAUCCCUGAACACGCUGGCAGAAGAGCGUCCAACCACCGCCUUCAAUCCAAUCUCCAACUACCAGGUUCCUGUGGCCCCGGCUCCACCCAAGAGUACCCCGCCUCAGAUGAGCGACCCGCAUCACGCUCGUCUCAAUGCACUCCUCGCCAGCAGCGACGGCCAAGAUACCUUUGGAAACGUUGGCGACCUCCGUAUUCCCGCUCAGCACACCGCACCCGGUACCUUCGUCAACUCUGCUGGUCAAGGUCUCGAUCGCCUACGCUCCAACCAGACCGGCAACAACCCAUUCUUCGCCCAACAACGGUUCGUCCCCCAGCAAACAGGGUUCGCCCAGCAGUCAACCGGCUUCGCGCAGCCCACGAACAACCCCUGGGGUGCACAGCAAUCAUACCAGCAGCAGCCUCAGGCUGGAAGCAGUCUGAUAGAUCUGUGA